CAUAAUCCCAACAACAUGCAGGACGACAAGGACAGUGUUGGGCAGACAAAUAGGGAUUAAAAUGUGGUUGGGCCCCAAAGCAGCAGGCGUGGAAACAAACCGGGAGGCAAAGAUGGUGCUGCAAAAAACAAAAAACAGAACAUCCCAUGGAGCUUAAGGGAGAGGAUCACACUGUCGAGAUUGAUGGCCAAGGAUGAUGUUCUAAUGGCCGACGCCGAGGGCCAGCAUCGGUUCAAGAAGAGGAAGGAGCGGUAUGAGUGGGUGCACGAUCCAAUGGCGGAUCACGGGUUUCCGCACAGGUUUGCGGAGGAUUGCCGUAAGAGGUGGCAGGGCAUGAUGGCUGCACCAAAUAUUAUUCUCGACAAGUGUGAGAAUGCUUCGGGCAAACCUUCAUACUGGGACAUGACCAUGGACCAGCGGAAGGCGGAGCAGGUGCCACUGACCUUUGAGAAAGCGUUGUGGGAAGCGAUAGAGUGGCAACUCAAUCGACCCUCCAUCAAGUGUGACAACACGCUCGCAUCGGAGAACUUGCCGGGUAAUACGGGAGGGGCAUCAACGAACACCGGUCCGACACAACCCGCUUCAGGGAAAAGUGGCUCCGACGGUAGAGCAACGGAAGACUGCGACAGUGCAGCGAAGACGAGGGGGACGAAUACAGGCAAAGCGAGGAUAAACUACACGAUUAGCGGUGGGACAGUAUUGGGAAGGGCGAUGGAGGGCACGACACGGUCGUACAACAAAGGUCUGGAUAAGGCCGUCACCACUCAGGCAAAGGCAACGUCAUAGGCCGGCUCAAUGAUCACGGCGAAGAUUGGUGACGUCGCAUAUGCCAUGUGUGGGGGGAACAUUGUCCUCGAGAUGCUUGUGGGGGUUCUUGCGAGGCGCGGGGGUGGGGGGAACAGCGGGGCACAUGGGAGGGCGGGCGCACACCCCUCGUCGCAUUAGCAUUCGAGGAUAACAGGUUACUAAAAAAAAAAAGGAGCACAAAGAAAAUAUCAAUCAAUCAUACGUAUAUAUAAAUAUAUAUCCUAACACUUAAGCAACAUUGACCGCGAGGGGAUGUCGAUGGUCCGCUGCGUGCUGGAUCCGGGGUUGAAGUUUUGAGGAGGGGCGGUGGAUGAAGGUGAUCCAGGGACGGGGAGUGUGCAGAGGGGCUCGCGUACCGAAAUGUUCACAACGCGCCAUAAAAGGAAAGAGCGCGCUCAGGGGGCCAGGCGGCGGCGGGCGUAGAUGCGAGUGAAUAUCUUGAAGCGCCCGCCGACUUCCUUUUUCUUUUUCGUUUUUC